CUCGCUCGGCGCGGUUGUUUUCCCUCCCCCACCCGUUUUGUUUGCUCGCUCCCUGCAACUAGGAAAACCAUCGACAUGGUUAGGGCCUGCGGGCAAGCCCAGCGAACUGGGAUCUUCCCGUCAAACCGCUUCGCAAGCGACGGGCUAGGCGCUGCCGUCCCCACCCUCCGCUUUCAUCACAGUAGCCCGCCAGCCAGUCCUCGGCGGGACACCGAUUCACCCUCUACAGCAACACAAGGCACUCCCGUUUGUGGUAAGUUGCGACGCCGGAUCGUUUUGGGAUGUAGCCGACAUUGGCUGGUGUGGGUGGGUGGAUUGUACAAUAUCUUGAGGGCUGAAUGUGUCGAUUGGCAGUGGCGUUUGGACAGUGAGACAAUCCCCAAAGGCGUCACUCUCCGCCAGACCACAGGCCAAUCCGACAACGCAUACGGUAUGCGUACUUCUAUGUUGUACGCAGACGGGAGGACGCAUCUAUCUUCAUUCUCUUCUAAGCAUUGGAUAAGCUGUGACCCCUUCUUCCGUCAUGAUUGCUCGACAAACGACGCUUGGCAUUUUGGCGUUCUGACCGUGGCUAGCGGCCGGCAGUCCGUCGUUGAAUUAUACCGGCCCGCUGUUCUGGACCUCAGCGGCCUCUAGGGACGGUCUUCAGGGACUGUCUCACUGUUAAUAGCUCGCCGUCUGCUGGGGGGGAGUUCACUUGGCUAGUGCAAACGCGAGCUACGCGCUU